AUGGUUUUAAAAUCAACUCUACUUCUGCUGAGUGCAGCUUCUGCAUUGGCUCAGCAGACACCGCUUGGCGCCUCAUGUCUAUCCUCGCCUGAUCCCGCGGGCUGCUGUACCCAGGGAGAAGUCCAAGGCGAAGAGACUGUGGGUGGUGUUAAUUUCCAGUACACUUGUGGAUUUGCCCCAUCCCCUUCCAAGCUCACAGGUCACACCGUUGCAACUGCUCACGAAUGUGCAGAACUUUGCGCACAAGAUGAUAACUGCUUCGGCGCCUCAUGGAGAACUAGUGGCUCCAGCGCGCGCGGAAAUUGCUUUUUCGCCAUCGGUGAAGAUUUUGAAUCGAAAGAGACCAGUGCUUUCAUGCUACUUGCGAGAGCCCCUGAACCUGUCCCGGAUCCUCCAUGUCUAGCUUCGCCCGAAGCAAAUGCCUGUUGUACCGAUGGGCGAACUGGAGGGGAGGAGCUUGUUGGGGAUGUUCUUUUCAAAUAUACAUGUGGCUCUGUGCCAACACCCUCCAAGUUCAAGGGCCACAAUGUCGCAAGUGCAUUUGAAUGUGCUGAACUCUGCGCAAAGGAUGAAACCUGCUUUGCUACAUCUUGGCGCACUACUGGCUCGAACGCACGCGGAAAUUGUUUCUUUGCCAUGAGUCAGAACUUUGACCCGAAGAGUAACAAUGACCACAUGCUGAUUGCGAGAGUCAUCGAGACCACCCCGGAUCCGACUGAGUGCGAAGCAGAAAACAAGCAAUGCAUGGAUGACAAGAAUCGGUGCGAGGGUGAGAAACAAGUACAUGAAGCUGCCCAUAACCAGUGCGAAACCGACAAGAAACGCGCCGAGAACGCUGAACGGGAAUGUCUACGAAACACAAACGAGAUCACUGAGAAGAAACGACAAUGCCGUGAAGAACAACAGCAAUGCCACGAAGAGAAAGCUCAACAGGCCAUUCAAUGCCAAGAGGACAAGGCCGAACAAGCCCUCAUAAACCAGCAUUGCCAAAACCAGAACAACCAGUUGGCACUGGACAUCAUCAAGCAACGAGAUGAGAUCUCAGACCUUCAGUCCACCAUAACCACCCUCCAAUCUACUCUCGAUAACCUCAACUCUACAUACCUGGCUCUCAACAAGGAAUGCAAGGGAGAAUCGUGUCGAGCUGGAGUUGUGAAUGCCGAACAACGCGACGAUGGAUGCAUUCUCCCUGCCGGAAACAAGAACUUCAAAAUCUACUACGCCAAGUUGGAUGAUCCCGGAGCUUGGGAUUUGGGCACACCCAAAACCCCAUCCUUUGCAGAUUGUGCCCAGCUAUGUGCUCGCACCCCUCGUUGCGUGAGAUUUGCAUGGGCUACAUCUAACAGAGAGGGAACUUGCUGGAUGAGGUCCCAUGGACAGGAGCGGAAGCCGACCAAAUUCUCCGCAUGGAGCAGUGGGCAAUUGGUUUAA